AUGGCUCUCAACGGCAAUCUCAGACAGCCCUCGCGCUACAUCACAACCCACAACUCAGAAGGCAAAGCCAUCGUCGACACAACCCUUGACUCGGACGCUCCCUUCUACGAACUCCCCAGCAAGGACGCCCACUUCGCACUGGGAUACGCCACAAAGGAGUUCCCAGCCAAGCUCACCAACAACGCCGACCUAGACUCGUACCAGGGCUUCCUGACCAAUCAACCAGGCCUGACCGUGUCGACCGGCACUGUCCUGCGCUACGUCGACAUGUGCCCCGGGCUUGUUUCGCCUAUGCAUCGCACUGUUAGUCUCGACUAUGGUGUUGUGCUCGAGGGCGAGGUGGAGCUUAUCCUGGAUUCGGGCGAUAAGCGUGUGCUAAAGAGGGGAGAUGUCGCGGUGCAGAGAGCGACUAUGCAUGCCUGGAGGAAUACUAGUGAGACUGAGUGGGCGAGAAUGCUUUACGUUCUUUUGCCAUCGACGGCGCCUCAGGUGGGGGAUAGGGAGUUGGGUGAGGACUAUGGUGACAUGCAGGGUGUCAAGGCUUCUGAAUAG